UGUAGGCUCAUCAGAAACACAAUCACCAGCAUGGUUGCCAUCCUGCGUGCUAGUCCUCUGGGAAAAGAGGAAAGAUACCCCUCAAAACUUGAGCUGAGAGCAAUGUCACAGAAGAUCGUUGACUAUUACCCUAUGCUACGUGACACUUCAGAUCUGCCAUAUCUGACGAUUUACUCUAAAAUGUAUAAACGACUGCAAAAUAUGAAGUCUCCAAGAAAGAGGCAGGGCCCAAAGCCACAAAGAGGGUCUGCAAAGAGAUCACUCUUUGAAACAAGUACAGAAGAAGAAGGUACUGCAAGUUCUUCAGCUUCAACUGCUUCAACUGUCAUUCUUCCAGAGAGCGAUGUCAGCAAUGAUGACUUAAGUCCAGAACAUCAGGACAGUCUGAAAAUGCAGGCAAGGCACUACAAAACACUCUUCAAUAUGUACAGCAAACCCAACUCAAAACCCAACCCAAGUGAUGUUGCUCAAAUUUUGGACCUUGAGUUUGAUGGAAGGCGGGCCUUCAUUGACUCAAGUGUGUUGAAGGAGGAAGACAGGAUUGCGAAGAUAUUUGAAGCAUAUCCAUGUUUCAAAGACCCUCAAAAUGCAAUGGAUGAGCUGCGUCGCAUCUUGGGUGGCACCAACCCCAAAUACAUUGAUGAAACAAAGAAAAGAUGGGAAAACUUCUGUGCCAAUGUCCAGUUCUAUGGUGUGUGGAAGAAAGUCCUGAAACCCCCUAUACCCUUGAAUAUGCAUGAUGCGGAUUUCACCAUUGCCAUUUUGACUGGUCUCCCAUCACUAUUUCCCUCACCAACUUCGCCACCAAAACGGCUCGGGAAUCCCAGUGAAGCACUAUUGCAUGUCCUUCAGGCAAGGGAGGAUCCAUCGCUUUACUUGGAGAAGCGUCCUCUCACCAGUCCAGUGUUACUGUUUGAUGGAAAGGUCUGCAUCCUUGCCAUGGGAAACGUACCUGUAAGCACCAUACCAAAGGAGGAGUUCUUUGAUGGGAUGUUGAUGUUAAUGGCAUACUACUACACGAUGCACCUGAUGUACCCAAAAUGUGUUGCAACCCUCCUCUCGGUCAUUCAAACUGAGGUACUGUGUGAUGCGAUCCAUGAUCGAGAUGCUACAGGUGCAUAUAAGAGGGCAAUGGUGGAGUGGAAAUCAUUUAUUGAGAAGUAGUUGCACAUGGCCUGUUUUUUUUUUGUUUACUAGUGGGGAAACUCAUGUUCAAAUGCAGUUGUUCACUGUCUAUUUAAACCCCCCUCCUCUCCCAUGUCUCUCUCUGUCAAUCUUUUUCUUUCCCUCUUCUCUCUUUCUCACACAUUCUUUCUCUCUACUCUCUCACACUCACUCCUCCCUCACCUACCCACAAACAAGUGGUUUAAUAAUCAAGCAUUCACAAAGUGGAAAUCCUUUACUAAGAUGUAGUUGCAUAACUUGGUCUAUCUUGCUGUUUGCUCAGUAUACUGAGAUGUAUCUUCAUUCCAUGUUCUUGGGAAGUUGACUGUACUAGUGGUAAGGUGAUGUUGUGCAGUUGUUCACUGUCAAUUGCUGCAAAGUACUGUGUACUUCAAUUGUUUAGUGUGUAUUAAACAAGUGUUUGAUAGUUUUACAGUACUGUCAAUAAAUGUUGACAGAAUUUU